AUGUCGCACCCCCGAGACAAUCGAUCCUCUUACCAGACGCAGCAGGCAGGGCACCGAUCCGGGCCGAGGAAGGAAAAGGUGCAAAAGCACACCAUCGUGCUUGUCCAGUUCACUGCCGACAGAAAGACCAGAACGUACAGCGAUUUUGAAUCUGUUGGCGCUGCCAUGGAAGGCAUCCUGAAACUUUACGAGCAAAAGCUGAAAACGAUGAAUCCGUCUGCUGCGCGCAUCACGUACGACAUCAAGGAUCUCUACGACUACAUAGACUCGCUCGUGGACAUGAGCUGCAUGGUUUACAACCCGGAGCUGCAGGCGUACAACCCGUUCAACAAGGACUGGAUCAAGCAGCGGCUGCUCGUGCAGCUCAAGAAGAUGGCCGGCCAGAGGGCGUGA